AUGUCGUCCCAAUACCUUUCUCUAUUAGACAUACCUUUUGACGUUCGCCUCAUCGUCUAUGAAGCCAUCUUGGCUGAUCAUCAAAGUGUGAAACGAAAUCGCCAACCCUCGAAUGCCCAUAUCCUUAUUCUUCAUACGUGCAGGCAGAUCUUUUAUGAAGCAAGCCCACUAUUCCAUAAGUAUGUCUCCCUGCGAAAUGAUUGGGAGGUAGAUCACUACCUCACAUAUCUGGCUUCUGAGUCGGAAGCUGCCAAAAAAGUUCGCUGGGCCGAUGUUGCCAACGAUGGACGUGUCUUGGAGGACACUGCGCAUGGCCAGGCUGGCCCAGCUUCUCGGUUGUAUCUUGUAUUAGGAAUGUUCCUAUCGUUGGAGAAGCUGCGGGUCUUCAAUGUUCGUCAUUAUCAUCCCCACACAAUCUCAAGUAGGUAUCGGUUAAACUUUGAGCUAGCUAUGUUUCCUGGCGCAAAGGGUCACAAGCCACUCUUGCAUGCAUACGAGCUCCACCUAGAUCCAUCCACAAGGGCGAAUCCCUUCCAAACGAUUCCUUCAGAUCACAUUCGUUAUCUGCGUCUAUCAGGAGAUUGUCAUUUCAAGAAAACACCUUUUCCUGUCCUUCGCCAUCUCACCAUUCAGAGUGUUACAAGCAACGCGCUUGAUCAGAUCCGCUUCGACACCACCUUUCCCGACUGUCAACUCGAUUCCUUCAUCCACGCACAAGGUCAUAGACUUGGUUUCGAAAUCAGAGAUGCCCAUCUGGAAUCCCUUUUGGCAGGGCCAGGGUCACGCCUUCGCAAACUCGUCCUAUUGGGCAGUAGCCGACUCUCAAGUGCAGCCAUCACUUCAUGCCUCCGCAGCUUGCCCACCCUGGAGUACUUUGCUCUCUGCCUCAUUACUGUAAACGAGCUGCGUGAAAACUUUAUUCUAGCUCUGGGACCUUCACUCCAAGUGCUCAAGUUGCAAAUAACUCAUGCGUGGUAUGCGGUGCCCCUAUUCGAAGAAGAGCGAAUCAUUUGCGACACGCUAGAGGAGAGAAUUCUGCUUCGGCACUCGCUCCAUAAAGUGGUACAUGUCUCAUUUCAUAGUCAGUUGAUGGCCGAGGAUGGCCGACAAGAUAGGUGGAAGAACAUUGCCGUUGCACAGCAUCUGUCACUAAAGAUAGGACCCUGGGAAGAUGAGGAGGAAACAUAA